CAUCCCUGACACUAGGCGGCGAAAGCGAGCAGUGAGUGUAGUAAAAGACACGAAGAAGAGAUGACCGGGUGUAAACAUGGCGUCUGACAUGGAUGAUGAUGAGAUCGUUAGCGAUGACUACUAUUCCCUGCUUAAUGUCAGAAGAGAGGCCACACAGGAUGAACUGAAGGCAGCGUACAGGCGGUUGUGCAUGCUCUAUCACCCAGACAAACACAGAGACCCUGAGCUGAAGCAACAAGCGGAACAUCUUUUUAACCUGGUACAUGAAGCUUAUGAAGUCCUCAGUGAUCCACAGUCACGAGCUGUUUAUGAUAUCUACGGCAAGAGAGGACUUGAUGUUGAAGGAUGGGAGGUGGUGGAAAGAAAAAGAACCCCCGCUGAGAUCCGAGAAGAGUAUGAGCGUCUUCAGAGAGAGAGAGAAGAGAGGCGGCUGCAGCUACGGACCAACCCAAAGGGAACAAUUACUGUAGGCAUCGAUGCCACGGACUUCUUUGAUCGCUACGAUGACGAGGAGGAAGACAUGGUUCAGAGCGGGAUCCCUCGUCUGGAAAUCAACAGGAUGCACAUAUCACAGUCCAUAGAGGCUCCACUCACAACAAAAGACACAGCCAUCUUGUCCGGCUCCUUGUCCACCCACAAUGGAAAUGGAGACGGCAGUAUUAACCUGACCCUGAGGAGAACCACCUCAAAUAAAGGCUGGGGAGAGAUAGAGUUCGAUGUUGGAGACUCACACAGACCUCUGAUAGGAUUGAAGAUCUUCCGAAACUUGACGUCGAGAUUUUUUGUGACUGCACAAUGUGGGCUUCAAUUUUCAUCCCGAGGAGUGCGUCCCGGGUUGACCACGGUCCUGGCCCGUCAGCUGGACAAGAACACUACAGGCUAUCUUCAGUGGAGAGUUGGGAUCCAGUCCUCAAUGAACACUAGCAUAGUCCGUAACUCAGAGAGCAGCCAUUUCAAAUUUGCAAUGCAGCUCGGGCUUCCUCACACUUUUAUGAUGAUGAGCUACCAGUACAAAUUCAAGGACGAUGAUCAGACGAAAAUAAAGGGCUCAGUAAAGAUGGGUUUCUUUGGGACAGUGGUCGAAUACGGCGCCGAGAGAAAGAUUAGUCGACACAGUGUCCUGGGGGCCACUGUGAGUGUGGGAGUGCCCCAGGGAGUCUCCCUCAAGAUCAGACUAAACAGAGCCAGCCAGACUUACUUCUUCCCGAUCCACCUGACUGACCAGCUCCUGCCAAGUUCUAUAUUUUACGCCACAGUCGGACCAUUGGUUUUCUACCUCGCAGUACGGCAGCUGGUUAUUCGGCCCUACCUGCAGGCCCAGAAGGAACAAGACUUGGAGAAGCAGCGGGAGAGCUCAGCCACUAAUAUCGCCAAGAAGAAACAGGAGGCAGAGGCCGCGGUGUUACUCAUGCAAGAGUCUGUGCGUAGGAUUAUAGAAGCCGAGGAGUCGAGAAUGGGUCUCAUCAUUCUCAACGCCUGGUAUGGAAAGUUUGUUACAGACAACAGUAAAAAACACGAGAGGGCCAAAGUCAUCGACGUUACUGUGCCGCUGCAGUGUCUGGUGAAAGACUCCAAACUCAUCCUCACCGAGGCCACAAAGUCUGGGCUCCCUGGCUUCUACGACCCCUGCGUGGGGGAGGAGAAGAGCCUGAAGAUGCUGUAUCAGUUCCGCGGAGUCAUGCAUCAAGUCCUGUCAGGAGACUCCGAACCACUCAGGAUACCCAAGCAAUCCCACAGGAUUGACGCCGACACAUAGACUCUCAUCUGCUGACCAAAAAGACUUGCAGCUGUUCAUCAAACGUUGGAUGAACCCAUUUUAAAUACGACACGGAUUUAUUUCCCUUGGUUUUUUCCAGAAAUUGUGCAUUUACUGUUUAUUUUUGUCUUGAUGUUUGUUUUGAAUAUGCAGAGCGCAGUAAAAGAGUCACAUACUAGGUGAUAAUUGAGUAUCCACAGACAGGAUUGAGGCUUGUUUGAAAUUCAAAUGCAAGGCCGAAAUCAAUGGCUGCCAUCCCACCUCCGGAGUCGUCCUGUCUCUUUGGUAGCUUUCUGUUUUUGGUAUGGCUUGUAAUUUAUAAUAAAGUUUUAUGUACUGCUUUGUACAUGAACUGCAGUGCCUACGUGAUUGAAGACUUAAAUGCACCUGUCAAUUUGCCAUAUUAUUAAAAAAACAAACAAGAAUCUGUCAUGUUGUGUAAUGCUGUGUUACUCUGCAAGUUUUUUAUGUGAAAGAGUUUUUUUGUUUUGUUUUUUAAAAAAGUGUUCAGCUCAAAAUGUAGAAUAAUAUAAAUGCAACAGAAACCUCUAUAGAUGAUAGCUAGUUAGCGAGCGAGCUAGUUAAAACAAGUAAAUCAGUCUGUUCGGUAUUUAAGCCAUACACAAUAAGUUUGCUACAAAUUCAGAACUGUAACAAACACAUUUCUGACUAAUACGUGUCGAGGGUAACUAUGGUGAUGUACAGCAGAACAACGUUCCAACUUUUCCCCG